GCGAGUUACCACCUCAGCACCUACUCUCACCCUCGCCCCGCCGAAACCACUUCGGCUAGCAUAGCAGGCCCUAACGUCAACAACGUCGACUCCGCAACAAAGUUGCACCAGCUCAACUUACAUAAACAAUAUCAGACCUCAGCAACCAAACAUCCGUUCCGAUUGAGGAAUGGGGAGUAAGCAGAUUCUCUGUCGCCCAAAAGAGCAAGGCCAGCAAAUUGUAAUUAAGUUGAAAACCUAAAGAAGAAAUAUAGAAUCAGAAUACUUUUGAAACUCAACCACUCCGGGUGUACUUUAUUCCGCAACCAAGUCCAACUACAACUCCCCAAACAACUUAACCGAUCCACUAGGAUCAUAACUGGCGCAGUCGGACACUCUCGUUAAAGGACGGGAAUCUGGAGGAAGUAGGACCCUAGAGGACCGAGACAGCGAGAGAGAGAACCACGCAAGAGAUGUAUUGGAAAAUAGCGACACUAACAAUCCUAUGGGUUGCAGUGAUGGAGACGAAAGGAACGUUUGAAAUCAGAGAGUUUAAAGAGGAUGAGCCUAUCGCGCAAAUCACAUUAGGAACAGCCAGGGUAAUACAAACAUAUAAAACCUUCAUACACAUAGUCCGACUAGAUGAAUAUGUAAAGAGCGUUGGCCAUUUGGAGCAAACGCUCAGGACUAUACAAGAAGAUAGCGAAACGAAGGAUCUAGUUAGGGCACUCCAAAACAAAUUGAAUCUGGUAAAAGGAAAAAUAGAAACGAUAUCGCCCAAGAAGAGAAGUAAGAGGGGAUUGAUUAACGGAUUAGGUUCGGUAGUAAAGGCAAUCACAGGAAAUCUAGACGCAGAGGAUGCGGAAAAAUUGGAACAGGAGAUCAGAAGAGUACAGGAAGAAGAAGGAAGGUUAAAUGAAGAAAUAAGUACACGUCAGAACAUGGACAAUAGGUUCAUUAUAAUGUUUAAAAACUUAACACAACAUAUUAACGAAGAACAAAUUAGGGUAAACUCUUUUAUUAACAACUAUAAAAACGGGAUAAGUAAAACAUUUGUGGAAGAAGACAAAAGAAUUUAUAGAAUAGAAUACAUUGACAGAAUUUCAAUCACGAUAGACAUGAUAGCAUUGAACCUCAACGAAGUAACGGAAAGCCUAUUAUUAGCAAGGGUAGGAAUAAUCCCCAAGUUCAUAUUAAAUAAAGAAGAAUCACAGAAAAUUACACAGAAUUUAGAAGACCAAAAGGUGCAGAUACUAUCAGAGGAACACAUGUACGAAUUUUUAGAGUUAAAAGCCAUAAUGAAUGGUACCGACAUAAUAUUUUCAAUAAGUCUACCAAUUUUUAAGAAAGAAAUGUAUGUACUGAAAAGAUUACUACCAUUACCCAUAAAUAAGACAGAAUUUGUAAUAGCACCUAAUUUUGUAGCUCAUAACAACAACAAAAUGUAUUAUUAUAAGAACAAAUGUCAACAAAUAAGGGAACUUUAUACAUGUAAAAACGACAAGAUCGUAAAGAGAAUCAACGAAGGUUGUCUGAGAAGUCUGAUGAAUGGAGUGGCAACGGAAUGUGAGACAAAAGAUAUAGGAUUCCGCAGAGAAAUCUUCCAACCGGAAAAAGGAUAUAUUGCAAUUUUCAAUGGUGAGGAAGUGAAGAUACAGACGGAUUGUGGACUAGAAAAAGUAUUCAGCGGAUCAGCAAUCAUCAUUUUCAACGAUUGUGGAACAGUAGUUAACAACAUCCAAUACGAGGCAGUAGAGCAGCUAGAAGUGGGACACAUGAAACUCGACAUUCCACAGAUAAUGUCCUUGAAGAAAAACCGAACAACUCAAGAAUUGGGGAUCCACGAACUCAAGAUGGAGGACAUCAAAACUAAUUUGGAAAUUGGAAGAAUGCGAACCGGAAUGGUGAUACAGACUACAACAACGUAUGCAGCUCUUGGAGUACUACUGGUGGGUGCGAUAUGCACAGUUUAUUUUUCAAGAAGGACGACCAUUUACGCAACAACAACUACAAACCCCACUCCCACACCAUCGCACACCUUCGCACCAACCAUUCCUCCGUUAUGGUCAGUAGCUCAGACUGAGGGGGGAGGAGUUACCACCUCAGCACCUACUCUCACCCUCGCCCCGCCGAAACCACUUCGGCUAGCAUAGCAGGCCCUAACGUCAACAACGUCGACUCCGCAACAAAGUUGCACCAGCUCAACUUACAUAAACAAUAUCAGACCUCAGCAACCAAACAUCCGUUCCGAUUGAGGAAUGGGGAGUAAGCAGAUUCUCUGUCGCCCAAAAGAGCAAGGCCAGCAAAUUGUAAUUAAGUUGAAAACCUAAAGAAGAAAUAUAGAAUCAGAAUACUUUUGAAACUC